GGGAAGGUUUGAAGUUGCGGCUUCAUGUCACACAUGCGUACCGACAAAGUGAAUGGCACACGGGCGCAGAAGUGUCACUGAGGCGACCAGAGAGAUCCGCGGCAGCUGGGGAAAGUCCACGCGGGGGAGAAGAAGGAAGAGAAGCGCGCGUGGAGAGGAUGAAGAUGAAAGCCGCGAGAGGCUACAGUAUCCCACCACCAGUGUCUCCAAAAUCCAGGCUUUAGGACGCACGGGGAGUCACGGCACGUUGCAUUUGGGCCAGUUGAGAAAGUUCCGCGACUGUAUACAAUGGUUAUAAAUGAGUCUCACCUGAACAGCUCCUCGCCAGACCCCAGUGACACCGUCCUGAGCCGCCCGCCGUGGGUUACCACAACUUUGGGGUGCUUCCUCAUCUUUACUAUCGUCGUCGACAUCCUGGGCAACCUCCUGGUCAUUUUCUCUGUGUAUCGGAACAAGAAGCUCAGGAAUGCAGGGAACAUCUUUGUGGUGAGCCUGGCAGUGGCAGACCUUGUGGUGGCCAUCUACCCAUACCCUCUGGUCCUCACCUCCAUCUUCCACAAUGGCUGGAACCUGGGUUACGUCCACUGCCAGAUCAGCGGCUUCCUCAUGGGCGUCAGCGUCAUUGGCUCCAUCUUUAACAUCACAGGCAUCGCCAUCAAUCGAUACUGUUAUAUCUGCCACAGCCUAAAGUAUGAUAAACUGUACAGUGACAAAAACUCUGUAUGCUAUGUGAUGUUAAUCUGGGUGCUGACUGUGGUGGCCAUCGUGCCCAACCUGUUCGUGGGUUCACUUCAGUAUGACCCACGAGUUUACUCCUGCACCUUUGAACAGUCAGCCAGCUCAGCGUACACUAUCGCUGUAGUUUUCUUUCACUUUAUUUUACCCAUCAUGAUUGUCACCUACUGCUACCUACGCAUUUGGAUACUGGUCAUACAGGUGAGGAGACGGGUCAAGCCAGACAAUCGGCCUAAACUAACGCCACACGACGUUAGAAACUUUGUCACCAUGUUUGUGGUGUUUGUGCUCUUUGCUGUUUGCUGGGCGCCACUCAACUUCAUUGGUCUGGCUGUAGCAAUCAAACCAGAGGUAGUGGUUCCCCUCAUCCCUGAGUGGUUAUUUGUGGCCAGCUACUUCAUGGCCUACUUCAACAGCUGCCUUAAUGCCAUUGUGUAUGGUGUGCUGAACCAGAACUUCCGCCGAGAGUACAAGCGCAUUGUAGUGUCAGUGUGCACGGCACGCAUCUUCUUCCAGGACAGCUCCAACGAUGCAGGGGAGAGGCUCAAGAGUAAACCGUCACCACUCAUGACCAACAAUAACCAGGUCAAGGUGGACUCUGUCUGAACCAGAAUUUCAGAGGACUACAGAGGGGAAAUUAAUGGAUAUGCUGCAACUGCAAGUUAAAAAGAACAAGACAAAAAGCUGAGUUAGAAAAAUACCAAAAAUAAAUAUAAAAAAGCUUCAUAUGGUGCUAGCCGACCUCUGAACAAUCACAGUAACAACAGGGGUGCAUAUUAUCUUUGUCUAUUAUCAAGCACUUUUGUUUGACUCUGCAGUACCUGUAGUACAGUAUAUAUGAUGUCUGUUCUGUUUUCAUGUUUACAGUGAUGAUAUACUAAAUGUAUCAUGCAUUAUAUAAGUAUUUAUUUUGUAUGAAAUAUGUAGAUAUAUAGUAAGAUAUAUCAGGUUCCAGAUAAAUGAAGACAAAAUUGUAUCAGGCCAAUAAAACAUUUCUACAAAAGUUGGUUGAAAAUAUAACUAGACAUUUAUAAAUGAAGUUAACCAAUUUUAAUAGCCUCUUUUUUGUCACUGUAACACUAAUUCAGUGCAAGCAAUAUGGAUUGCUGCUGUCUUAUUAUCCUCUGCAAUACAUUAGGUGGAGUAUACUGUAUCUCACAAAAGGGAGUACACCCCUCACAUUAUUGUAAAUAUUUGAUAUCUUUUCAUGUGACAACAAUUAAGAAAUGACACUU